GAUGAUCAAAUCCCCUGCCAAUACGCUGGCGGUGAUGGACUUCAGGUCAAUGAUGGCCUUACCGGAGUUUGAAGGCUUCAGUGACAGCUACCUGAUGCGCAUGGCGCGUGAUGCUAUUGCUGCCUGGGUGCCUCUGCCGCAGCGGCGCAACCUCGACGACUCGCUGGACUACCUAGCUACUCACAUCCUGCCAAAGCUCGAGCGCAAGCUUGACAACCACUCCAGAGUGUUGAAGCAGAUUAAUUUCUACCGAAGUGCCAAGCUUGCAGACGCCAUACCCGAGUAUCUCGACGAACACAUCAAGCGAAUGUUCGCUACUGUGCCGCUGCAUCAGCUUGACAUCACUGAGCCUGAUGUCGAGGAUCCGGACCUUGAGGACCCUAACCUCCUGGAUGGCUUGGAUGAUGACGACCUCAAGUUAAAGAAAGAAGAUUGCGAUUUGUUUGGUGAUGAUGACCUCGAGCUGCAGAAAGAUGAUUGCGAGUUGUACGAAGAUGAUGACUUCGAGUAGGGUGAAAGCAAACACGACUAGGAUAAGGGAUUGCGAGUUGUUUGAUGACGAUGUUUUACGUCUUCCUGCGACUGAUAGGCUGUGAUAAUAUAAGUUGGUAGUCGAUGACCUCGAGUAGGACGACUCGACUGUGAUGAUGAGUCGAACGGUGGUGACCACAAUUUGGGAAACGAUGACCUCGUGUAGGAUGAGGGUGAUGGUGAGUCGAACGGUGAUGACCAUGAUAACUCUCGAAAAAGAUGACCAUCACGAUCACGACUCACGAUAACGGUUGAAGAAUCUAAAUCCCUCGAAAUAAAAGCAUGAUAACCUCCAUCUCCAAAAUCAAAGACUUAACUGUGCAACCAAAGCCUAAGUGCAUGUUUUUUCAAGAAAGUCAUUCCCAACUGUUCUCAAACGCUGCUAAGGUUGGUAAAUAUCAUACCAAAUUCUAUCAUGUUCUACUAUCAAUUCUGCAAACAUGUCCCUUGUGUAUUGAUGCCUUCCAUAGAGAAAUGCAUUUACUGCAAUAAUUUUUGGUUGUUGAUUAUAUAUAUAUGUGCAUAUAUUCGUACCGCGUCAGUCCUUUAUGCUGUUUGAUGCCAUAGUUCCUUGCUAAGUUGCAUCAUUGAUGCAUAAAUUCUGCACCAAGUAACACCGUAAGUUCUCUAUCGUUUUGCAUCCUGCAUUUCAUUUGGAAAUUCUGUAACCUGUCAGGUUGAAGUUAAUAUGGAAGUUGGGCGACAGAUGCCGUAAAAUUUCCAAUUUGAUAGAUUAGCAUUAGAAUUAUAAGGUUGAUUACAGUUUGCAUUUCCGUUGC